ACGUUUCGCUGGAUAAGUCCCGGUAUAAUUGGGUGUAUGACUCACCGGCCCUACACUAGAGGCUAGACAGACAGCUCGGUCGCACAGAACAGACCCAAGCUGCCAACUAGAGCAGAAGCGAGGAUGGAGUUCGUGAGAGAAACUGCAGGAAAGGCGAAGAACUUCUUUACUGGAGGAAAUCAGAACAACGGCGAUCCGGAUGGCAUGGAGGUAGACCCCCCUUCUGGUCAGCAAGACCACUUUGACAGUUAUAAUCACGGAGGACAGCGUCAUAGCGGGUUUUCUGGGUCGGGGGGAGGCUACCAAUUGCAACCUCACCAUGCCAACCAGUACCCGCAGGAUCGGCGCGGUACAAGGGGGCAACCAGGUCCCCACGGCGGCGGCUAUUCUUCCGGUUAUCAAAACCAGCGACACCAGGGAGGCUAUUCCUCUGGCCAUCGCACCGGUAACCCGGCGUUCCACGAACAGGGAGGCGGGAUGUACAGGAACCAGUAUGCUUACAACCAACAACAGGAGGAACUACGUGCCAUCCAGAUGAGAGAGCAGAGACACAGGUCCCUCCAGGCGAGUAAGCAGAUGGUGUACGACGUGUACGCCACCACCAUCGGCAUGCUGGAGGAGUUCGAGGACUUCGACGACCCGGCCGGGCCCGAGGGCAACCCAGAACAAGAGGAGCGAGAUCUCGCAGGGAAGUCUCGCGAGACUGUGGGCCAAGGUCCAGACAUGAUGGACCAAUGGGAGGGCGCAGAUCAGCACCAUCACGGGCAGGGGCGAGCCAAGGCCAAAGGUCCUAACGGCAAGGUCUCCAAGCAGGAGAAAGAACAGCAAGGGAAAGGAAAGAAGAAGAAACGAGACCUUGGUCGCUCCGACGUCAAGAUUCCGGACCAGUCACACAAGACAAAACGUGAUGUGAAGGCGAUCGUCGAGGCGGAGCUGGUGUGUCUGCAGGCCCAGCUGCGCUUCUGCCCCGCGGAGAUCCGCGAUCAGACCCGGCAGGAGCUCGUGGACAAGACACUCGGGUGGGUGGCCGCGAGAGAAGCGAAGGGUCUGAAGAAGGGACUGGCAGACAUGUACGCCUCCCAGGUAGUUGAGAUCCUUGUGAGCGGAGAAACUAAGCUGCACGUGCCGACUGAGUGGGAGAAGAGUACCGGUCCCGCUGGUGAAGAGGCCGUGCUGGGCGGUGUGCGGGCCCUGCAGGUGGGACAACACUUCGGCGCCGAGCAGGACAAGCAGUUUCACGACGACCCCAACAAGAAGGCACGGUGCGCCGACAUCCGCAGCGGGCCGGUACCGGAGAUACACGGUGCCCAGCGACUUCUGGAGGUGAACCCUAACCUGCGCGAACACUUGGAUGGGAGCGACAUGCGUUAG